AUGGAUAUAAUUUCUCAUCAAAAUAAUCUUCCUAACUUCAAUCUGUCAUAUUACAACAGCAACUGUUGCUUGGGACCGCUCUUUUUCCGUUCGUCUUAUCGAUCUUAUCCUAAUCAGUCGCACUCUUACCGAACUAACGCUCAACCCAUAUAUUGGCACAGCAAGACACGGACGCAACAAUAUGUGCGUCUGUAUGUAUGUAUAAUAUUUGCCAUUUAUAUUUUCAGAAAAAUUGUUGAUAUUGAAGAGACUCAAUUUCUGGAAACUACAGAGUUCAUAGAAGAUAAAUCUGAAGAGAUAUCUAGAGCACGAAGAAUAAUACCAAUUCAAGAGCCAAUCAUAACUGAAGCAACAACUUCCUUGAAGAAAAUUGAUGACCAAAAAUCGCGAGAGCAUUUACCUAAAGUCGAAAAACGUGCCAAACGAAUUGUCGAAGAGCAAGAAAGUAUUAUCGUAUCAGAAAUUACAAGUGAAGAUACUGCUCCUGAUUUCACCAUCGAAACAAAACUCGAUAGCGCUCAAAUUACUUCGGAAACUCUGCAAAAAGUUUCAGUCACAGAAGCACAUGUAGAAAGUAGUGUGUUAGAAACGAAACAUACAGAAGUGAAACAGAAAAAAGCGAAGAAAAUAAAAGCAGAAAAGAUAGAAGAAGAUAUUACUGUAAAAGAGAUUGUACAGCAACAAAAAGAAAAUAUAGCUCGGGAAGUCGAUGAGAUAAUGGAAAUGCUUGAUGCAAAAGAAUUUGGUCCGGGUGAAUUUCCCUUGCGAGAACUCGCGAUAAUAGGCUAUUUGGUUCGACAAGGUGUUUCUGUAAACGAAAUCAAUCAAUGUCUUUAUAGGACUGAAAUCUUUCCUGCUCUAAAAACACCUGAUGCUCAAAACGCUUUAGUUCAAUUGGUAGAAAGAAAAGGCCAUGGUCCUUUAAUUACUCAAGUACUUACCGAAGAGACAACAACCGAUGAGAGUUUUGUUGCAGCAACAGUUGGUUUUCGUGCUUUUAUGAGGAUGGUCGAACUUCAGCACGCAACGGUGGAAGAAAUCAUCACACAUUUUGCUCCGGACGAUUUCAAACCGCGUGCUUGGGAAGUUACAGAAAUUUCCGAGGUCGAAACUGAGCAGCAUGCUAUGGACAGUGUAGAUGUCGUUCAUAAAACGGAAGUUUAUUUUAUGGAGAAAAGAGAUGAAAGGAAAGCUACUCAGGAUAUUCGCGAAAUUAAAGAAUACGAGGACACACGGCAGGCACACACAACAUUGCGCAAACGCAAAGAUAGAAAACCAAAGGAUCAAAUUGAAGAAACAACACAAGAUAGGGAAGAGGGGGUUCAAAUUGUAAAAAUCGAGGAAGUCGAAGAGAUUGAAAAAGAAAGAAAAAAAGAAGAAAUCGAAGAAGAAAUUAUUGAACUCGAACGGGACUCAAAGGGCAGAUUGAUUUAUAAGCAAAAGCAAGAUAUACAAGAACAGGUAGAUGUAGAGGAAGAGGAAGAUACAAUUGAAAAUGUUAGAAAAACAUUAACGCCAAAAAGGCCAAAUAUCGGUCAAGAUGAAAUACAACUGGAAGAAAUAGAAGAAUUUGAAAUAAUAAAGGAACCAUUAUUGCCAUCUAUCGCUUUAAAUGUAUCUAGUCAACGUAACCAAAUAAUACCCUUAGAUCAUAUAAUCGAGCAAGCGCCUGGAAAACCCGAAUCGACAAAAGCUAAGUAUACAUUGGACACUGUUCUCGCGCUAACAGAACAGACGAUGUCAGUACAUGAAAAAGAAAUCGAUCAAGUAACGAUCAUUAAGCCUAUCGAACGUAAAGCAUCGAUAUCAAUCUCAUCGAUAGAACCAUAUUCUACCGUAGAAACAACAGCACAUAUAUCUACUGAUGAAUUCUCAGAUACUUUCAAAGCCGCUUCUUUUGAAGCUACCUCUAUGAUAAUAACAAAAGAAAGUCUUCUUAUCAGCGAAACUAUGACUCAUGAUGAUAACAUAUCAAGUCUAACUUUGAUCACACCGGAAAUGAGUCGAAAUGCAAAUGUGCAGGUUACUGUACAGGAAGCCACAUCUGUUAGAGAGACUAUAGUUAAUCAAAGUGAAAUACCUACCGAAGAUUUUAUAACACCGUUAAGUGUUACGGCGGAAGAUAUCGUUUUACCACAAAUAUCACUUUCGGUUUAUGAGAUACAAGAAGGUUUGGCUGAAGAUAAAUUGGAAUCUGCAAAAACGAUGUUUACGAAACCUCGAAUUAAUGUCAAUGCAAUAGAACCAUUAAUGGUGGAAGAAAUACAUUCCGAGGAUAAACCAGGAAAAUAUUAUCCGGAAUUAAUAGUACCUACUGAAGUUGCCACCGAAACGAUAAUCUCGCAAAAACAACGUAUAACUGAAGAAAUGAAUGCACCCGAAAAAGAAGGAACAUACAUUCCAGGUAAAUUACCACCAAGUCAAAUGGCUCAAAUCGGAAUCACCUAUGGAAACGAAACAGCUGUUAUUCGUCACGAUUUUGUUCAGGAGCGCGAAGGUGAAUAUAUUCCUGAUCAUAAAAUAGAUUCUUUCGAAGCGACACCGAAUAUCACUGUUUUAGAAGGAGUCACAAUUUCAACAAUUGAUACUCAACAAAAGGAAGAUGAUUUAACAAUCGAACAAAGCAAACAUAUUACGGCUGACUUAAAUGUUGUCGAAAUUAUAUCAGCCGUGACAAUAGAGACAAUGACUUCUGAAAAAGAACAAGACUAUCAUAAUGAAGAAAAGCCCACCACUAAAUCAGCCAUUACGUCAAUUUCUUCAUUAGAGAUUGGUUCUAUAACAGAUACAAUUGUUCAAGAAUCCGAAGGAAGUUACAGUGUUGAUCAAAAACCAUGCGGAGUAUUGGCGGAAACGUCAGUCCGACCAGAGGAACAUAUCUUGAUAUCUCAAAUUCAAACUGCAGACUAUCCCGCAGACUUAAAAGACACGCUCAAGUAUAUUUCAGAGAGCGGUACUAUAUCCGUUCAAUUGACAGAAGCGAAAACUAUUCUCGAAACGCUUGCUCAUGAUCAAGAGACUACUAUGAAGGAAGAUGUUACACCAGAAACUCAUACGAUCGAAACAAUCUACGACGUUGUUAGAGGUAUUGAGAUAUCGCAAACUACUUCCAUAGAAAAAGAAGCCGAUUUAAAAAUAUUUGAGAUGCCUGAAUCACAUCGCGGCAAAACAGUGCCUACUCAUCCAAUGAUUUCACUUGAAGUUCAAGAAACUCAACCAGAAAAUAAUUUAGGUGAAGUAAUAAAAGAUGCCUUAUCAAUAGCUACAGCUAAAAUUGGAGCAAUCGGUCUACAAGAGAUGAUUGUUGGUGAGACUAUUGUGGCGGAAGAUGUAGCUCCGGCGAGGAAGGAUAAGGGUCCCGAGACUACGACCGCCGUAAUCUCAAUGAAUCAAAUCGAGAGCUUGCAUACUACGAUGGUCAUAGCAGGUGAAAAAGAAUCCGAAUACAUUGAAGCGACUGAUGUUAAAGAUGCAUUUGCAAAUACUGAAUAUAUGACGCAAGUGGUUCCAAUAUGCGAACAAGUAAGAACAGAAUCGCCUACCGAAGAAUAUCUAGCGGUAGACAAACCUAUAAGUGGAAAAGCAUAUACAUCUCACAUUCCUAUAGAGACUAUUAGCGUUGCUAUGCAAGAAACCGCGGAAAAGGAAGAAAUUUAUAAAGCGGAUACAAAACCUGAAGGAAGGAUAGCAAAUAUUGAACUCACGGAAAUGAAACCUGGUGCCAGCGUUUUAGAAAUAAUUCCACAUGAUCUUGAGAAUAUUUAUACACCAGAUACUGGUCCACAGACCCAUAUGGUUGAAUCAUCCAUAACUGGUCAUACUAUCGCGUCAAAAGCAGAAGUCAUAGUGGAACAAAGUGCUGGAAAAAUAAGCAGCGAUAUUCCGAAAUCAGGCAAAGCAAUAAUACAACAAGAAGCUCUAGAAGAAUUAAUAAUAACAGAAACAAAUGUCAGUGAAGCAGAACGAGUUAGAGAGGAAGAUACGCGUCCUAUUCAACAAAAUGCCGCAGUCGAAGUAUGCGCUCGAUCUGAAAAAUUAACUGUCACUGAAGUAACAACUAUAUUAAAGGAAGAAGAAUUGCCAAUGGAUAAAUUACCAAAUGAACGAAGAGUUAUAUUAGAUAUAACCGAAGGCCGUGAGAUAGCCGAAACGCAAGAAAUGAUUCUUGCAAACAAUAUAAGUGAAUUAAAAGAAGAAAAACCAAAUCAAGAAAGUGCCAACCAGUUGCAAAACGGACUAGAUGUUGUACAACAGAUGGAAGUAUCGAUAUCUGAGAAAGAAUCUCCUUUAAAGAUGGAUGUGAAACCUGAUGUUAAAAAUAUUGGUAUUAGUUUCCAAGAGGGAGAAAGUCUGACAAUUGAAAUUACACAUCCCGAAGACAAAGAAGAUGUGCUUGAUGAAAAACAGGUGCCGAAAACAGCCGAAGCUACAAUCAAUGUAAUAACACACAAUAUAGCGUCGAAAUUUGAGAUUGUUAGUAAUGUCACCCCAAUUGAAUUAUCUACCGAAUUUACUCAAGAAGCACGUCCUAAAGCAACAUUAUUACCAUUUGAAACAGCUAUUGCUGAAGAAGUACAGACAAGAGAAACUGAAAAGGCUUUCUUUCAUAUGCCAGCGCCAGAGAAAAGAGCUAAUCUUGAAUUUAUAAUAGGCGAAGGGCUUGUUGUAUCUUCUGUGACAGCAAGUGACAAGGAAAGCAUAUUCGCAGAAAUAGAAAAACCGCAAUUAAAGUCUGCUAGUUUUGAUAUUCCCGCACAUAUUGUGGCAGAAGCUGUCGAAGUAACUGCGACCGAUAACAUAAGAGAAUUAAUACAUGAAGAAACAAUCUCCGCGAUGGCUACGACUGAGCAUAUCACUCAUUCUAGUAUUGUUACAUCCGAUAUGUCAGUUGGUGAUUCAGAACAACCUAUGCUCGACUUUAUUACACCAGAUAAGAAAAGAGUCGAUGUAUCGUUCGAAGAAGAAACGAGUGUAACAGUAAUUGAAACAAUUGCAUCUGACAAGGAACGAGAAUAUUUGAAGAAACUGAAUAUUCCCAGCGAACAAAUUACCACCAGCUUUGACGCUCAUAAAAUCGCCGAGCUCACCGAGAUUACACCGGCUAUUUAUCCAGGAGAUUUGGAUGUGAAAGCGCCAAUGAGUGCAGCAGCGAAAGAGGAACGUUUACCGUUUGAAAGCAUUGUUCAAAGUGAAACUGUUGCAACAGAAACAGAAAUAGAAUUUAAAGAUAAACCAACUAAAACCGAUACGGCCCAUAUAUCUGUUGAUGAGAUUAUCAGUGCCACUAUGUUCACUGAAAUUCCAGGCGAAAAAGAAGAUAUCCUUCGAAUUCCCAAAAAACCUAUAGAGAAAAAAGCCGAGGUUCAGUUUACCGGACAUGUUAUUGCUGAAAAAAGCGAAGUCAAUCCCGCUUCUAGUGCUGGAAUACUGAUGGAAACGAAACCGACUUCUAUUACAGCUAUACUUUCAAGUAUUCCGUUAGAGGCAGUAGUACAAACAGAAACACAGCCAACGGAAGCGGAGGCUACACUCGGGAAAGAUAAAAUACCAUCUAUGACUGAAGCUGAUCUUUCAAUGAUAGUGGAACAAAGUAUAGAAAUAUCUUCAGUAAUCUUGGAGGAUAAAGAAACCGAAUAUAGACCGAAGGAAACACCAAAACCAAGAACAGCGGAGAAAGCGCUAAUUGAGACUCAUGGCGUGGCCGAAACAAUAAUGCAGAUUCCUGAUUUUAGUACCGGCGAAAUUGCAACUGGCGAAAUACCAUUGGCUGCUGUUGCAAUUCCAGAUCAUAUAGUUUUUAAUCCGUUAGUAGAAUCACAGCCUGUUAUUCAAGAAAAAGAAAAAGAAUUUGUUCCAACAUUAAUGCCAGAAAAUAAAACUAUAAAUAUUGAUAUGCAAGAAGGCAAAGCAAUUGUAAGUAUAGCACAUGUAACACCUAUAGAUAAAGAAUCACCGUAUGUCAUCGAAGAACAACCGCGUAAACAUGCUGCUUCAUUCAAUAUCAAUGCCACUCACGGUAUAGCAGAAACAACCGCGGUAGCUGUUGAACAUUCUAUAGGAAAAGUAACUAUUGAAAAACCAGAUAUUAAAACAGUAUCGUCUACGCACGAAGUGCAUCAAAGUCUCUUAGUGACCGAAGGCAUAUCUCAAGACCGAGAGAAACCUUUCGAAGAUAAAUUCAUGCCUGAAAUGCACAAAACAGAAUUAUCCGUUGAGGAGGGUAAGCGCGUUACUUCUGUUACAGAAAUUAAAAUAGCUGAUAAAGAAGCUCCCCUUAAAAUGGUAUUGGAAGAUAGAACUCAUUUGGCACUCUCGGUUAUUACUCCUGGUCAUGAAGUAGCCGAAAGAUCUGAAAUAAUUCUCAAUUCAAGUACAGGUGAAAUAAACGAAGUUAUAGCACCAACAAAAAUAACAGCGCUAAUUAAUCAAAAACCUUUUGAAACAGUGCAAUUAACCGAACAAAUUCCCAUAGAGAAAGAAGUGGACAGCAUUCGGGAAACACCACUGACAAAAACAAGUGCACGUGUUGUUUUAGAUGAAAAUAGAUUUGUCGCUAUUACAGAAUCUAUUACUGCUCAAGAUGUAGAAGAAGAAUUUGCUACAAAGAAACUUCGUCAAGAGGCAGCGAAUCUUUUAAUGGAGGGCAAAGAAGUAGCCGAACGAACGGAGAUUAAUUUACGCGAAGGACUCGGAGAAUUACCUGUGACAUCAGAACCUAUUAUAUGCGAAGCACAUAGAAUUCAGUCUACUUUGGAAAGUAUUGAUGUGAUCGAAACGAUUUCUCAGGAGCAAGGUACAGCAUUCUUUGAUAAAUUCAAACCUAAUACAUGUAACGUUGACAUCAGGUUUGUCGAAGGAAAAAGUAUUACUGUAGAUCACGUUGUAGCACAGGACAAGGAAAAAACGAUAAAUAUUCCGAGAUAUGAAGAGAGUACGGCUAGGAUAAAACUAACAAAAGCUGGUAUGGAUGUUGCACAAAAGGCUCAAAUAUUUGUCGAGCAAAAUAUUGGUUCCGUUAAACCUUUAGAAAAAAUACAAGCAGAAGCUCAUAUAAAGCAAGAUGAGUUUCAAUCUAUCAUUAUUCAAGAAGUUCCAAGUGCAGAAAGCGAAGAUACUUUUAAUAAGUAUCCAAAAUUGAUAUUGAGCACAGCUGUGCCAAAAUUUGAGGAAGGUCAUAGUGUGUUUAUUACGGAGGUAACAUCUGGUGAAGUCGAAGAAUCAUUCGAAGAGAAGAAACAUAAAACGUCACAAAUAGCCAUCCGUUCUAUUGUAACCGAACGCGAUUCAAUAGAGACUACAAUGGUGGAAUCACGAGUCAAUGUACCUGAACAACUUCCUGAUCGUACUUCAGUACCACAAGUAGCCACGCCGGCCCAAGACAUGUUUGAAAGCAUUAUUAUCAACGAAAAUCUUAUCGAGGAAAGCGAAAAGACUUUUGAUAGUCUUUUUAAACCAAUGACACAAAAAGCAAAUAUCAAUAUAACGGAAAUAAAACCGUUACAAAUUUCAGAAACAAUUAUCGAAGAUAAGGAAAAAGUAUUGGAUAUUGCGACAAAACAUUCUGAAGUCAAAGCUACGCCAGGCAUUGAUCUGUUUCAAACUAUCGAAGGUUCUUUUGUAGAAAGCAUACAAAGCACUCAAGAGCUCUAUGAAGACAAACCACUUUCUUCUCAAGCAACUAUAAGUCAAACCACGAUGGAGACGAUAGUAAACGUUGAAACUACGACGGCUGAAAAGGAGGAUAUUUUUAAGAGCACUUUUCAACCUGAAAAACAAAAAGGCAAUCCACAGUUCGAAGGUCUUACGACAGUUGUAAUUACUGAGAUAGCUUCUAAUGAGAUUGAGAAUAUCUUACCUGAAGUUGUUCCACCGAAACAGCAUCAGGCGCAACCAAAUUUAACGAGUAAAGAAGCCGCGGAAAUUCUUCAAAUAGUUACUGCAAACACAACCCAAGAUCUUGCGGAAACUACUAAAUUAUACGAACAAAGAGGUAAAUCAGAAUUUGAAGAAUUAUCAUCACUAACCAUUUCCGAAAUAGUUUCAAAUGAAGUUGAAGACGUCUUAAUCAGUAAAAUUACUCCAAAAGAUUGCAAGGCUGACUUCAAUGUUUCUGGUAGAGAAGCCGCCGAGACAAUUCAAGUAACAACAAUAUCCGAAACCAAUGAGCUUGCUAUAAAAGGACCUGAAGAACAGAAAAGUAGCCAACAAAUCAAUGAACUAAUUCCAUUGACUAUUUCACAAGUUAUUUCUAAUGAAACCGAAGAAACAUUAAUUAGCACUGAAUUUCCUAAGAGGAAAAUAGCACAACCAAAUUUAUUUGGUAGAGAUAUCGCGGAAACAACACUAGUCUUAACAAUGACUAGCGCUGAAGAAUUUAUUCCUAAAAAAGAAACCGAAAAACAAAAAGGUAAACCCACUCUCGAAGAAUUAACGCCUUUAAUGAUUUCACAAAUAGAAUCUCAGGAAAUCGAAAGUGUUCUCGCCAGUCCCAAAAUUCCAAUCAAGAGAAUGGCGCAGACAAGUUUGUAUGGAAGAGAUAUAGCGGAAACUAUGGAAAUAACGACUGUAUUAAAUGUAGAUAAAUUUGUUGAACUUCAAAAGCCUGAAGUACAAAAAGGAAAACCGAAUCUCGAAGAAUUAUUACCUUUGAAUGUAAUGCAAACCGUAUCUAAUGAAACGGAAACUUUUCUGCUUAGUCCAGAUAUUCCUGUGGAAAAAAUAGCACAAGCUAAUUUAUCCGGUAGAGAUAUAGCCGAAACAAGCCAAAUUUUAACGAUGAUAAGUACAGAAGAACUCUCACAACAAAUAGCACCGAAUGAGCGUAAAGGAGAAUUCAAGGUAGAAGAAUUAUCCUCUUUGACUAUAUCUCAGGUAUUGUCUCAUGAAACUGAAGAAACUUUUCAGAGUCCUGAUGUACCUAGUCUACUUACGGCAAUGCCUACGAUGUCUGGUAGAGAAAUUGCUGAAACUUCUCAAGUACUCACCGUUACAAAUACCGAAGAAUUUUCGAGACCCAAAAGUCCAAUAGGACAAGAAGGUAAACCACGUGUGGACGAGUUUUCACCACUCACGGUUUCUCAAAUAAUAUCUAUUGAAACAGAAGAACAAUUGCCGAAUUUAGAAAGAUUAGACGAGAAAAUAGCAAAACCAUGCCUUUCUGGUAGAGAAAUAGCACAAAAAAUUGAAAUUGUAACCGCCUCAACUGUCAAACAAAUACCUGAAGUAAAGAAAAAAGAAGAUCAGAAAGGAAAGUUAGAUAUCGAAGAAAUGAAUUUUAUUAUUAUGUCUGAAGUAAUUUCUACAGAGAAAGAACAAGAAUUACCGAGUUACCAAGAGAUUCCAAAAGAAGGUAAAGCUCUGCCUAAAAUAUUAAGUAGAGAAGUAGCAGAAAUAUUAGAAAUCUUGCCAGUAAGCACCGUCAAAGAACUUGCAAAAAUGCAAAUAUCUGAACAACAGAAAGGAAAGCCAAAUUUAGAAGAAUUGAUGCCAUUAUUGAUAUUUGAAGUACCUUACAAUGAAGCGGAGAAAGAACUACCCACACUAAAUGAACCAACUAGGCAAGUAGCUGAAGAAAGUAUGUUGAGCAUGCGCGUUGCCGAAAAAUCACAAACAAUUCCAUCGUUAACAACGGAUGAGAUGAUAGAGACUGCCAAACCUCUAAUAAAGAAGAUAACACCGAAACAAAUACCAUACGAAAGUAUACAACAAACUGAAUCAAUUCCUCAUGAAAAAGAACGCCUACUUGUUUCUGAUAAACAAACAUCAAGUGCAACAGCCGAUAUUUCAUUUCGAAUUUCCGAAGGCAUUGAAGUUAUCCAAGUAACUACUACAGAAAAGGAAGUAAAAGAAAUCGUAAAAAGCCUAGAAGGGACUCAUCAGACUGCCGAGCAGAGUAUGUUAAGUAUGCCCGUAGCUCAAAAAUCUCAAGUGAUUAUAUCAUCAACAACUGAUGAGAUUAUAGAAUCUGCAAAACCUGAUAAGAAAAUAAUGCCAGAACGAGUACCAUUUGACAGUAUACAGCAAACUGAAUCGAUUCCUCAUGAAAAAGAAUGUUUGCUCGUUUCUGAUAAGCACACACCAAGUGCAACGGCUGACAUUUCAUUCCGUGUUUCCGAAGGUGUUGAAGUUAUACAAGUAACCGCUACGGAAAAGGAAGCACAAGAAGUUGCAAAGAGAGUGAAAGAAACAACUAAACAGACUGCCGAGCAGCGCAUGUUGAGUAUGCCCGUAGCUCAAAAAUCCCAAGUAGUAACAUCAUUAACAACUGACGAAAUUAUAGAAUCCAUAAAACCUGAAAUGAAACAAAUAAUUCCGGAACAAGUACCAUUUGAAAGUAUACAACAGAUCGAGUCAAUAAUUCAUGAAAGUGAAUGCUCACUUAUCUCAGAUAAAAGAAGAACACCAAGUACAAUAGCCGAUGUUUCAUUCCGCACUUCUGAAGGUGUUGAAGUUAUCCAAGUAACUACUACAGAGAAGGAAAUGAAAGAAAUUAAAGAAUUGGAAGAAACACCUAAUCAAAAAGCUCAGCAAAGCAUGCUAAGUAUGUCUGUAGCUCAAAAAUCUCAAGUAUUUCCAACAUUAACAACAGAAGAAAUUACAGAAUCUGCAAAACCUGAAAUAAAGAAAAUAAUACCUGAACAAAUUCCAUUUGAAGGUAUACAACAAAUCGAAGCAAUCCUUCACGAAAGCGAAGGUUCAUUAAGCCCAGAUAAAAAAACUCCAAGUACAACAGCCGAAGUUUCAUUCGGCGUUUCCGAAAGCGUUCAAGUUAUUCAAGUAACUGCUACCGAAAAGGAAACAAAAGAUGUGAUAAAAAAUCUGGAAGAAGCAACUCAACAAACAGCCGAGCAAAGCAUGCUAAGUAUGUCCGUAGCUCAAAAAUCUCAAGUAUUUCCGACAUUAGCAACAGAAGUUAUAGAAUCUGUAAAACCUGAAAUAAAGAAAAUAAUACCUGAACAAAUACCAUUUGAAAGUAUACAACAGAUUGAAUCAAUUCUUCAUGAAAGUGAACGUUCGUUGCAUCCUGAUAAAAAGAGACCAGAUGCAACAGCCGAAGUUUCAUUUCACGUUUCCGAAGGCGUUGAGGUUAUCCACGUAACUGCUGCAGAAAAAGAAACAAAAGAAGCAGUAAAAAUAUUGGAAGGAGUAAUUAAACAAACAGCCGAACAAAGCAUGCUGAGUAUGCCGGUGGCUGAGAAAACUCAAAUGGUUACAUCAUCAACAACACAGGAAAUUAUAGAAUUUCCUAAACCUGAAUUAAAGACAAUAAUACCGGAACAAAUACCAUUUGAAGGUAUACAACAAAUAGAGUCAAUUUCUCAUGAAAGUGAACGUUCAUUUACUCCCGAUAAAAAAAUGUCAAGUACAACGGCCGACGUUACAUUUUGCAUUUCCGAAGGCAUUGAAGUUACUCAAGUAAUCAGUACGGAAAAAGAAACAAAAGAAACUGUAAAAAGUUUGGGAGAAGCAACUAAACAGACUGCCGAACAAAGCAUACUGAGUAUGCCCGUAGCACAAAAAUCACAAAUAAUUGCGUCAUCGACAAUUGAAGAAAUUUUAGAGUCAAUAAAACCUGAGGUAAAAAAAAUAAUACCUGAACAAAUACCAUUUGACAGUAUACAACAAAUUGAAUCGAUUCCUCAUGAAAAAGAACGUCUGCUCGUUUCUGAUAAGAAAACACCAAGUGCAAUAGCCGAUGUUGCAUUUCGUACUUCCGAAGGCAUCGAAGUUAUACAAGUAACCGCUACGGAGAAGGAACAAAAAAUGUCAUAAAAAUGUUGGAAGAAGCAAUUAAAGAGACUGCCGAGCAGAGCAUGCUGAGUAUGCCUGUAGCACAAAAAUCACAAGUAGUUGCGUCAUCGACAACCAAAGAAAUUGUAGAGUUUGCAAAA